UAAAACGGUAACAGGGUGACAGAGUCACCUGCGAAAACACUCCGCUUCCGGCACCAACAAGCCACGGUGUGACAGGGCGGGGACCGCGCAGAAAAGCCAAUGAACCCUGCCUCGCUCAGCUUCCGUAGGGCGGGCUCUAGCCGGACUUACUUAGCAGCGCCCAAGUCCAAGCCGGAAGUCGGGGCGGAGCUAAUAAAGCUUCGGCGCCCACUCAACGGAAGUGGCUGUUGGAGGCUUUAAGGUAGCUUUAAAUUAUUGGUGUCUCGGAAACUCUAUCCUUUCAGUUGGAGUCGAGUUUCUUGCGACGGAUGGCGGUGGACGUGAAGUCGCGAGCAAAGCGUUAUGAAAAACUGGACUUCCUCGGGGAGGGACAGUUUGCCACGGUUUACAAGGCCAGAGACAAGAACACCAACCAAAUUGUCGCCAUUAAGAAAAUUAAACUUGGACAUAGAUCAGAAGCUAAAGAUGGUAUAAAUAGAACAGCCUUAAGAGAGAUAAAAUUAUUACAGGAGCUAAGUCAUCCAAAUAUAAUUGGUCUCCUUGAUGCUUUUGGACAUAAAUCUAAUAUUAGCCUUGUCUUUGAUUUUAUGGAAACUGAUCUGGAGGUUAUAAUAAAGGAUAAUAGUCUUGUGCUGACACCAUCACACAUCAAAGCCUACAUGUUGAUGACUCUUCAAGGGUUGGAAUAUUUACAUCAACAUUGGAUUCUACAUAGGGAUCUAAAACCAAACAACUUGUUGCUAGAUGAAAAUGGAGUUCUAAAACUGGCAGAUUUUGGCCUGGCCAAAUCAUUUGGGAGCCCCAAUAGAGCUUAUACACAUCAGGUUGUAACCAGGUGGUAUCGGGCCCCUGAGUUACUCUUUGGAGCUAGAAUGUAUGGUGUAGGUGUGGACAUGUGGGCUGUUGGCUGUAUAUUAGCAGAGCUGCUUCUAAGGGUUCCUUUUUUGCCAGGAGAUUCAGACCUUGAUCAACUAACAAGAAUAUUUGAAACUUUGGGCACACCAACUGAGGAACAGUGGCCUGACAUGUGUAGUCUUCCAGAUUUCGUGACAUUUAAGAGUUUUCCUGGAAUCCCGUUACAACACAUCUUCAUUGCAGCAGGAGAUGACUUGCUAGAUCUCAUACAAGGCUUAUUCUUAUUUAACCCAUGUACUCGAAUUACAGCGACACAGGCAUUGAAAACUAAAUAUUUCAGUAAUCGGCCAGGGCCAACACCUGGAUGUCAGCUGCCAAGACCAAACUGUCCAUUGGAAACUCUAAAGGAGCAGUCAAAUCCAGCUGUAGCAACAAAACGGAAGAGAACACAGGCCUUGGAACAAGGAGGAUUACCCAAGAAGCUAAUUUUUUAGUUACAGAGAUCACUGGACAGUAUUUUACUACUGAAGGAAAUAGUCAAGGCAAAUAAUGGAGAAGUAGUAAAUGAUGUAGAAGGAAUUUGUAAAUAUUCCACACAUGUAAAAUAUGUAAAACUGGAUUAUUUUUAUUAAAUGUAUUUUAAAACAAACUUAAUUCUGAUUUUUUUGAUGAGAGUACAAAAGUAAGAUUAAGUUCAAUUCUCUGAAAUGUAGAAUUGAAAAUGCAUUAAGGAAACCUUAAUAAAAAUAAUCAUCAGUUACUUUGGUGAUCUGGCCCACGUAGCACGGGUAGUAUUCAAAAAUUGAAGCAGUAGUAGAAAUGUAGCAUAUACCUCCUACCUGGAGUUAACAUAUGUUAAUAUACUAAAUAGGAAAAAAAGAAGAAAAAAUUACAAAUGAAAUUGAGGUCCCUUUAAUAUGUCAUCCCAUUCUUUUCCUUUUCACCUUCCUGAAAGGAGUGACUCUCAGGAAAUGAGUGUGUCCUUCCAUGAUUUUAUACUGCUAUUUUAUAAAAAUACAUGUAAUAAUACACUAUUGUUUUGGGUCUCAAAAUUUUAUGAGUGAUAGGCUGUACAUCUCAAUUUUUUUUACUCAAAACUUUAAUUCCUUCCAUGUUAAUACAUAUAAAUCUAGUUUAAUAUCCAUUUAAUAUAUAAAAUAUAUAUUAUGUAUAUAACACUACAUAUUCAUGGUUAGACUGUUAUUUUUCUUGUGCUCUAUAAAAAUUACCAUAAAUAUAGCAACUUAAAGUAACACAAAUUUUCUAGCUCACAGUUCUGUAAACCACAUGUCUGACCUUGCCCAACUGUGUUUUUUGCAUAGGUCAAAAUCAAGAUGUCAGUUGAUCUGAGUUUCUUGGGAAGAAUGGGCUUCCAAACUUAUUCAUUUCAUGUAUUUUAAUGCACGUGCUUCCUGUCCUGGUAGCUGUCAGCCAGAGGCCUUUCCUAGCUUCUUAAGGCAGUCCACAUGCCUUGUCACAUGGUAUUCUCCAUCUAUAAGCCAACAAGUAUGCUUAGGAUCUAUUUGGUUUCUUUGCUACCAAGAGAGAAAACUCUGCUUUCUUUAAAAAGACAAAAUAGACUGCAUCAAGAUUUAAAACUUGUAUCAAAGGAGUGAUAAGCAGAGUGAAAAGAUGCAAAUCAUGUAUCUGACAAUAUAGCUCAACAAUAAAAAAAUUAUAUUAAAAAAUGGGCAAAGGACUUGAAUAGACAUUUCACCAAAGAUGAUGUAGAAAUGGCCAAUAAGCCCAUGAAAAGAUGCUCAACAUCACUAAUCAUUAGGGAAAUGCAAGUCAAAACCACAAUGAGAUAUAACUUCAUACCAGUUAGGAUCUUCACUAUCCAAAAAAAAAAAAUCCCAGAAAAUAAGUGUUGAUGAGGAUGUGGAGAAAUUGGGACCCUUGUGCAUUACUGGUUGGAAUGUAAAAUGGUGUCGCUGCUGUGGAAAACUGUGGCCUUUCCUUAAAAAUUUUUAAAGAGCAUUUUCAUAUGAUCUAGCAGUUUCACUUCUUAGUAUAUCCUCCAAGAUUGAAUGCAGGAUCUCAGAUAUACACAGUCCCAUCAACACUGUAUGAAAGGAUCUGUUUCACCUCAUCAUUUCUAGUACUCACAUAAUCUUUGUGGUCUUUGCUAAUUUGGUAUCUCAUUCUAAUUUACAUUUUUAAAAUUUCUACUGUGGUUGAAUAGUUCCUCACAUUUGCUAACCAUAUAUAAUCCCUCUUGUGAACUGUUGAUUUAGAUUCUUUUUCAGUUAUCGCUUCUCGGCCUUUUGGCUAAGAUCAAGUGUAGAUUCUUUUUCAGUUAGUGUUCCAAAUUUUAUCAAUUUUUAUGAAUUUGCAUUUUAUAUAUAUACACAUGUAUUAUACACACACACAUUAAAAAAGAACCUUUGAUUUUUUUUUUUUUUACCCUUCCAGGUUUGUUAUUGUUGAACAUUACCAAAUCUUUCCUUUUCUUACAUUUCAUAUUAAAUCAUUACACGUAUUAAAUCAUUACAUGUAUUAAAUCUGUGUGUGGUCUUUAUCCUGUUCCAUUGACUUACUGGUACCACAUUGUUUUAAAUAAUGUAGCUUUAUACUACUGUCAGGACAAUGCAUUUUUAAUAUCUAGUAACAGUAGUUCCUCAUCAUUACUCCUUUUUGCAAAAUUUAUUUGCCAAGUUUUCAUCUAUUUUUAUUAAUUCCAACUAAAUGGUGUUGCUUUAACACAACAAUAGUUUAUACUUUGUUACCUCAUUUUACCCUGUUG